UGUGAUCAUUUCUCACUUGUUUUUUUUUCGACCUGUCUGUCCUCAGGUAGUAAGGCUAGGCUCUAGAGAGAGAAAGACUGCACAGGUGAGUUUGACUCAUUCUAUGGGGGCAGUAAACACAGCGGAGUAUAUAACUUGUCAAAUGUUCCAGUUCACUACUGCAGUCAGUGCAAGUACCUGCUUGUGCCUGAGGUGCCAGCUGACAUGAGCAAUGGAUCCUGCUUUUUACACCCUGGCUUUGUGGAUUUUACUGAAACACCGCAAAGUUCUGGAGCUAAAGGAAAAGCUGUGAACUUUUCAGAUCAGCUCAACUUUUUAUUCUUCAAAAAAAAAACAAACGAAAAAUAAAGACUUGUUGCGGUCUCUGGACGGAGAGCAAAGCCUAUCUGAAUGUUUUUGGCCUGGAUCAAGUUAUGUGGUAGUGCGGCUGUUAUCUGUUGGGUUACAGACCAUUUGUUUCCUGUGAGGAGAUGGUGGAUCAUGGCACAUUGACCGUAUCUCUGGCGUGAAAGUGCAUAGACAAUGGAGUUCCUCAGGAGCCUCGUCCCUACGGUCAUCUCCGGGGACGGCGGAGGGCUGGUGGAGCCCACGGGGCUGUUGCCACGGGAGAUGGGCCCGCGCUUGCUGAGGAUGAAGCGCCUGAGCCUGCUGUCAAUGGGACAAACCAUUGAGGAAGACCCAGGGGGGCUGGCCCAACCUGUCCGACCACCCCGACUCACCCGACAUUACGCCAAAGCCUCUGUUCCGGUGAGCAGCAGCAGUCUAAGUAGACGCCGUGCAACCCCGUCAGCCCCGCUCAGCUGGGAGAAGCGCAGCGCCCAGGCCACAGCCAUGUCCAGCAUCACCAUCGACCCCGAGGCCAAGCCUGGCGAGUUUGUCAUCAAGAGCCUCUUCGCCGAGUUCGCUGUGCUCGCCGAAAAGAAGAUCGAGGUGGUCAUGGCCGAGCCACUGGAGAAGCCUUUAUCCAGAUCUCUGCAGAGAGGGGAAGAUGCACAGUUCGAUCAGUUAAUAAGCUCUAUGAGCUCAAUAGCGGAACACUGUUUGCCCUCGCUGCUGCGGACGCUGUUUGACUGGUACCGGAGACAGAGCGGCACAGAGGACGAGUCCUACGAAUACAGACCCAGAUCCAGCACCAAGUCCAAGGGGGAUGAACAGCAUCGGGAUAAAGACUACCUACUGGAGAGGAGGGACUUAGCCAUAGACUUCAUUUUUUGUUUAGUUUCAGUAGAGGUUUUGAAACAGAUUCCUCUUCAUCCUGUGCCAGAUGCAUUAGUCCAUGAAGUCCUUAACCUGGCAUUUAAGCACUUUAAACACAAAGAGGGGUACUCUGGUCCCAACACUGGCAAUGUGCACAUCAUUGCAGAUCUAUUCGCUGAGGUCAUCGGAGUCCUCGCCCAGUCCAAGUUCCAGGCAGUGCGUAAAAAGUUUAUCACAGAACUGAAGGAGCUGCGGCAGAAAGAGCAGAGUCCUCAUGUGGUGCAGAGCAUCAUCAGCCUCAUCAUGGGCAUGAAGUUCUUCAGAGUCAAAAUGUAUCCAGUGGAAGAUUUUGAGGCUUCCUUCCAGUUCAUGCAGGAAUGUGCCCAGUAUUUCCUGGAAGUGAAAGACAAGGAUAUAAAGCAUGCAUUAGCUGGCCUAUUUGUGGAGAUCCUCAUCCCUGUAGCUGCUGCGGUAAAGAAUGAAGUGAAUGUGCCCUGCCUGAAGAACUUUGUGGAGAUGCUCUACCAGACUACCUUUGACCUCAGCUCAAGAAAAAAGCACUCGCUGGCACUAUAUCCUCUGGUCACAUGUUUGCUGUGUGUCAGCCAGAAGCAGUUCUUCCUCAAUAACUGGCACAUCUUCCUUCAGAACUGCCUUUCACACCUAAAGAACAAAGAUCCUAAAAUGUCUCGUGUAGCACUGGAGUCACUCUACAGGCUGUUGUGGGUCUACGUCAUCAGAAUCAAGUGUGAGAGCAACACCACCACACAGAGUCGUCUCCUCAGUAUUGUUUCAGCACUUUUCCCCAAGGGUUCCCGCAGUGUGGUGCCCAGGGACACACCACUCAACAUCUUUGUUAAGAUCAUUCAGUUCAUUGCUCAGGAAAGGCUGGACUUUGCCAUGAAAGAAAUCAUCUAUGACCUGCUGUGUGUGGGCAAGUCACAUAAGACCUUCACCAUCAAUCCAGAGAGAAUGAAUAUUGGUUUGCGAGCAUUCUUGGUAAUAGCGGACAGCCUUCAACAGAAGGAUGGCGAACCACCCAUGCCCACCACAGGGGUCAUCCUACCCUCUGGCAACACCUUACGGGUCAAAAAGAUCUUCCUCAAUACCACCCUCACUGAUGAGGAGGCCAAAGUCAUCGGUAUGUCUCUGUACUAUCCUCAGGUGAGGAAGGCUCUGGAUAACAUUCUCAGGCACCUGGACAAAGAGGUGGGCCGCUCCAUGAGCAUGACCAAUGUGCAGAUGUCCAAUAAAGAGCCAGAAGACAUGAUCACUGGCGAGCGAAAGCCAAAGAUUGAUCUGUUCCGGACGUGUGUAGCUGCCAUCCCCAGACUGAUCCCUGAUGGCAUGAGCAGGCAGGACCUCAUUGAGCUUCUGGCCAAGUUGACCAUCCACAUGGACGAGGAGCUGCGUGGGCUGGCCUUCACCACUCUGCAGGCUCUGAUGGUGGAUUUCCCUGACUGGAGGGAGGACGUUCUCUCAGGAUUCGUGUACUUCAUUGUGCGAGAGGUGACAGAUGUGCACCCCACCCUGCUGGACAACGCUGUCAAAAUGCUGCUGCAGCUAAUCAUCCAGUGGAAACAGGCAGUGCAGAGCAGCAACCGUGGCCACGACUCACAGGGCUCUAAUGACAGAGCAUGUCUGCCUCUGGAGCGUUCUCCUCUGUGGGGUGUGCUGCAUGUGGUGGAGGGGCUGGCUCUGGUGGUUUUGUGUAGCUGCAGGCCAGCCACACGCCGCCUCGCUGUCAAUGUGCUGAAAGAGGUUCGGGCACUACACAACGCCCUCUGCAUCACUAAGGGUGAUGAGGAGUUGGCUAUAGAUGUGAUGGAUAGGGUGAGCGCUUCAGUUCUGGAAAGUUUCAUCCACCUUACUGGGGCUGACCAGACUAACCUGCUGUACUGUCCCAGUGGAAUAGACCUGCAGACGCUGGCUGAGUGGAGCUCUUCUCCCAUCAGUCACCAGUUUGACGUGGUCAGUCCCUCACACAUCUGGGUGUUUGCCCACGUCACUCAGGGUCAGGACCCAUGGGUCAUCAGUCUGUCCAGUUACCUGCGGCAGGAGCACCUUCCCAAGCACUGCCCUACUGCACUGAGCUACGCCUGGCUCUUCGCCUCCACGCGUCUCCAGCUGCUCUCUCCACAAGUUGACAUCAAUAGCCCAAUCAAUGCGAAGAAGAUGAACAGCUUGAGCAGCAGUACCGAUUCCUACGUUGGUCUGUGGAGGAACUAUCUGAUCCUCUGCUGCAGCUCUGCAACCUCAUCAUCGUCCUCCUCAUCCUCAUCGUCAGCCCCUGGCUCUGUCCGCUGCUCCCCUCCUGAGACGCUGGCGUCCACACCGGACAGCGGAUACAGCUACGACUCAAAGAUCAUUGGCAUUCCGUCCCCCUCCUCCUUAUUCAAGCAUGUGGUUCCUAUGAUGCGCUCUGAGAGCAUGGACAUCACGGAGUCUCUAGUCCUUGGGCUUGGCCGGACCAACCCUGUUGCCUUCAGAGAGCUCUUGGAGGAGCUGAAUCCCAUCAUUAAAGAGGCCCUGGAGAGAAGGCCAGAGAACAUGAAGCGACGCCGGCGUCGUGACAUCCUCAGAGUCCAGCUGGUCCGGAUCUUUGAGCUGCUGGCUGAUUCAGGAGUCAUCAGCCAGAUUGGGAGUGGGGGACUAGACGGGGAGAGUCACUCUCUGAACAGCACUCUGCUGGAGUAUGUGGAUCUGACACGGCAACUGCUGGAGGCUGAGAAUGACAAAGACUCAGACACACUCAAAGACAUCCGCUCCCACUUCAGUGCCCUGGUGGCAAACAUCAUCCAGAACGUGCCAGUACACCAGAGGAGGAGCAUUUUCCCUCAGCAGUCUCUAAGACACAGUCUGUUUAUGCUGUUCAGUCACUGGGCCGGACCCUUCAGCAUCAUGUUCACUCCUCUAGAUCGCUACAGUGACCGCAACAUGCAGAUAAACAGACACCAGUACUGUGCUCUCAAAGCCAUGUCUGCUGUGUUGUGUUGUGGUCCAGUCGCUGAUAAUGUUGGUCUGUCAUCUGAUGGGUACCUCUACAAAUGGUUAGACAACAUCUUGGACUCACAGGACCGCAAGGUGCAUCAGCUGGGCUGUGAGGCAGUGAUGCUGUUGUUAGAGCUGAACCCAGAUCAGAGUAAUCUGAUGUUCUGGGCAGUGGAUCGCUGCUACACAGGCUCGCGCAGAGUGGCCACUGGCUGCUUCCGAGCCAUUGCCAACGUCUUUCACAACCGGGAUUAUCAGUUUGACACUGUGGUGCUGCUGAACCUGAUCCUGUUUAAGGCUGCAGAUUCCUCCAGAGAUAUCUAUGAAGCGGCCAUGCAGCUGCUUCAGAUCUUGGAGCCAAAGCUGUUUCGUUAUGCCCAUAAACUGGAGAUGCAGCGUGCUGAUGGUGUUUUGACUCCACCCUCUCCACUGCCUCACCUCUACUCUGUGUCAUACUACCAACUCAGUGAAGAGUUAGCACGCACAUACCCAGAGCUCACGCUGCCCAUCUUCUCAGAGGUAAGUCAGAGGAUCCAGACAGCGCACCCUGGUGGCAGGCAAGUGAUGCUGCACUACUUGCUGCCCUGGAUGAAUAAUGUGGAGCUGGUGGAUUUCAAGCCACAAACACGGCGGCAGGAGGAGCCUGAGGAGGAGGAGGACACACGGGAGAUGAUGAUGGUGAACAGCCGUCGUUGGCUCCGAGGAGAGGGCUGGGGAUCACCACAGGCAACAACCAUGAUCCUCAACAACCUCAUGUUCAUGACUGCUAAGUAUGGCGAUGAAUUUGCAUGGUCUGAGAUUGAGAACGUAUGGACGACUUUGGCAGACAGCUGGCCCAAAAAUCUUAAGAUCAUUCUGCACUUCCUCAUCAGCAUGUCUGGAGUCAACAGCGAGCCAAGUCUUCUUCCUUAUGUAAAGCGAGUGGUGGUCUAUCUGGGUAGAGAUAAGACUAUGCAGCUUUUGGAGGAGCUGAUGUGUGAGCUGGAACUCAUGGACCCUGUGAGCUCAGCUGUCACUCAUAUGGAUAACCCGCCUUAUUACCGCAUCACUUCCUCCUAUAAGAUCCCCUCUGUCACAGGAACUGCUUCCAGCAGUAACACUAUGGUUGCUGGACCUGAUGGACAUCACGACAACAAGCUCAAAGAUCCCAACAUGGAUGACAAUUAUGCUCAUUUAGACAUCUACAGUGGGCUGAACAGUAAUCUGAACAGACAGCACCAUCGGCUGGAGUCCCGUUACAGCAGCAGCUCUGGAGGCUCUUAUGAGGAGGAGAAGAGUGACUCUAUGCCAGUCUAUGCUAACUGGCGUCUGAAGGUCAUGGAUCAUAACAGGCCCGAGCCCCUCCCUUUCCCUCCGACAGGAGGUUGCUGGUCUCCACUGGUCGAUUAUCUACCAGAGACCACCACGCCUGGAGUUUCCCUUCACAGAUGUAAUAUCGCUGUGAUCCUGCUCACUGAUCUCAUCGUGGACCAUGGAGUCAAAAUAGAAUGGAGCGCCUACCUGCAUCUUCUACUGCAUUCCAUCUUCAUUGGAUUUGACCACCAGCACCCAGAGGUCUAUGAGCAUUGUAAACGACUACUGCUCCACCUGCUGGUCGUCCAGGGAACCAAUAGCAGUGUCCAGUCACUGGCAUCUGUCCUGCUUCGCAACCGGGAGUACCACGAGCCCAGGGUUCUCACUAUUAAACCAGUUCCACAAGAGUUCAACCUCACAGGUGUGACGGAGCUGGUUCCAGACUACCAGCCAUCCCCGAUGACAGACUCUGGUUUGAGUUCUAGCUCCACCUCCUCCAGUAUCAGUCUGGGUGGCACAGCCUUGCCCCACCUGCCCCCCACAUUGCUCAAUGAAGUGGACCUGUCCGCUGAGCAGGAUGAGAAAGUUAAAAACCUUAUCGAGUUCAUAAGCUCCAGGAAGCGAGGUCCACUGUGGAAUCAUGAGGACAUGUCACCUAAAAACCCCAACAUUAAGAGUGCAGAGCAGCUCAGUGUCUUCCUCAGACACGUUGUCACCGUCUUCAAACAGACCCAAGCAGGUUUCCAGUUGGAGCAGCUGUUGAGUGAGGUAGCCUUGCAGACGGCUCUGUCUUGUUCCUCAAGGCACUAUGCUGGCCGCUCUUUCCAGAUUUUCAGGGCUUUGAAACAGCCACUCACAGCAUCCACACUGUCAGACCUGCUCUCUAGGCUGGUGGAGACUGUAGGAGAUCCUGGAGAAGAGGCUCAGGGUUUUGUGAUAGAGUUGCUUUUGACUCUGGAGGCUGGAAUUGAUACUCUGGCAGACACCAUGAAGAACUAUGACCUGCUUACUGCACUGUCACAGGCUUCCUCCCAUGAUCCUUUGCUGGGCACCAAAUUUGCUAAUAACAGGAAGAGCACAGGCCAACUGAACCUGAACAGUGGUGGCUUGUUCCAUAUACACUACAGCCAUGCCCGCAGCAACUCCCUCCGCGCCAGUCUCAUGGGUGAGUGCAAGGGUGACCGGCGCCGCAGCAACACCCUUGACGUGGCAGACCGCCUGGGAGGUAGCCACGGGAACCUGGCCCGCACACGGAGCUUAUCAUCUCUACGUGAAGGCGGAGUCCCGGAAGUGGGGCCACCAGCAGACCCCACCAACCUGUUGGCCACAGUGUUCUGGAUUGCAGCUUCGCUGCUGGAGUCAGACUACGAGUUUGAAUACCUGCUCGCACUUCGGCUUCUGAACCGACUACUGGGUCAGCUGCCUCUGGAGAAAGCCGACAGCAGGGAGCGACUGGAGAGGGUGCAGGCCAAACUCCGCUGGUACAACUUCCCUGGCCUGCUACAGCUCUUCCUAAAGGGUUUUACUUCAGCUGCUACACAGGAGCUCACCAUCCACCUGCUCAGCAAGCUCAUCACUGUGUCUAGACACACGCUCGUAGACCCUUCCCAGGUGGCAGGUUUUCCUUUGAACAUCCUGUGCCUGUUGCCUCACCUAAUCCAGCACUUUGACAGCCCUACAGUGUUCUGCAAGGAGACUGCAGACCGCAUCGCCAAGGUGUGUGCUGAGGAGAAGUCAGCCACAUUGGCCAACCUGGCUCACAUGAUGAGCCUGUACUCUACGCACAGCUACUCGCGAGACAGCACCAACUGGAUCAACGUUGUAUGCCGAUACCUGCACGAUGCCUUUGCAGAAAUCACUUUUAACUUGGUCACUUACCUGGCUGAGUUACUGGAAAAGGGGCUGCCCAGCAUGCAGCAGUCACUGCUGCAAAUCAUCUACAGCCUGCUGAGUUACAUAGACCUGUCAGCUGCGCCGGUCAAACAGUUCAACCUAGAAAUUAUGAAGAUCAUAGGCAAAUAUGUACAGAGCCCAUAUUGGAAGGAGGCUCAGAACAUUCUGAAGCUGGUGGUGUCUCGCUCAGCCAGCCUCGUGGUGCCUGACGAGAUGCAGCGCUCUUACAGUGCUGAAUCAUCAGGUUCGCCUGAAAUUGCCUUCACUCGCAUCUUUAACAACUCCUCCAAAGAGCUGCCAGGCAAAACGUUGGACUUCCACUUUGAUAUCUCAGAGACACCCAUCAUAGGGCACAAGUAUGGAGACCAGAGCAAUGCAGCAGGUCGUAAUGGAAAACCACAGGUCAUUGCUGUGACGAGGAGCACGUCUUCAACAUCUUCAGGGUCGAACUCUAAUGGCCUGGUGCCCGUCAGCUGGAAAAGACCCCAACUCUCUCAGAGGAGAACACGAGAGAAGCUGAUGAAUGUCCUGUCUCUGUGUGGACCAGAAAAUGCCCUACCCAAAAACCCCUCGGUGGUGUUUUCUUCAAAUGAGGACCUGGAUGCAGGUGACCAACAGAACAGCCUAAUUCCUACGGUAGAGGAAGUGACACGUGAAGAGGAGGUUCAGGCAGAGGAUGCAGGAAGUGAGCAGCAGUUUGGCGUCUUCAAAGAUUUUGACUUCCUAGAUGUGGAACUGGAGGAUGCAGAGGGGGAGAGCAUGGACAACUUCAACUGGGGUGUGCGUCGACGCUCUCUGGACAGCAUGGACAAAGGAGACACCCCGUCAUUGCAGGAGUGCCAGUACACAGGCAGCACACCCAGCCUCAACCUAACAAAUCAAGAGGACACGGAUGAGUCGUCUGAGGAGGAGGUACUGAGCGCUAGCCAGAUUCUCACCCGCUCCAACCUCCUCAACAGUGACUCUGCCACAGAUGAUGCUACAUCCAAUCACAUGGAUUCUCUACAGCAAUCCCAGGAGUCUUCCAGUAGUGUCCUAACUGAGGAAGCCACACCCACCCCACCACUGCCCCGCCCAGACAGCCCUAUCCAUGAGACCACACAUUCUGACAGCAAUAUCAGCCAGCUGCCUGAGGACGCUACUGUGACGGCGGCAGAUGAGCUUAGCAGCAGUGUGAGCGAGGACACGGGUUUUUGCAGUGCCCCCCCUCUUCCCUCAGAUCCUGCCGAUCUGUGUGACCUGCCUGACUGCUCAGACUCUCAGGACCCUCCUGACGAUCUUGACCCGGCUCCCCCUCCACCUCCAGCAGUAGACAGCCCACCAGGGUCACUGUGUGAGGACGAGACAGUGCUGCCCCCAACCGCACCAGACAGUGCCCCGGACUCUGUGUGUGAUGAGGACGUCACACUGGCACUGAAAGAGCUGGAUGAGAGGUGUGAAGAAGAGGAGGCCGACUUCUCUGGCAUGUCCAGUCAGGAUGAGGGCGAUGCGGACGGUUUCCCCGAGCUGCAGGGCUCUCCGCCCCCCUCGCCCUUUCUCUCUGCCAUCCUGGCAGCGUUCCAGCCCAUCGCUUACGAUGAUGAGGAGGAUGCCUGGCGUUGCCAUGUCAACCAGAUGCUUUCCGACACGGACGGGUCCUGUGCCGUCUACACUUUCCACGUGUUCUCCCGCCUCUUCCAGCACAUCCAGAGGAAGUUUGACUCCAUUACCCACGCCUCAGUGCGGUUCCUCGGUGAAGGACUUCAGCGAAUGGGAAACCAGUUCCUCAGCUCUCUAGAAGUCAUGACCUCCUGCUCUCAGUGCCCUACAGUUCUACUUGAUGCAGAGACUCUGGUUUCCUGUGGGCUCUUGGAGACGUUAAAGUUCAGUGUUUUGGAACUGCAGGAGCAUCUGGACACCUACAAUGGCAAAAGAGAGGCUGCAGAACAGUGGCUGGAGAACUGCAGGAAGACCUUUGGUGAUAAAGACAGCAACCAUCGGCCCACAGCUCAAGCUCAGCAAAUGGAAAUUCUAGCAGAGCUGGAGCUCUGUCGAAGAUUGUAUAAGCUCCACUUUCAGCUGCUGCUGCUCUUUCAGGCCUACUGUAAACUGAUCAGCAGAGUGGACACCAUAAAAAGAGAGGCAGAGGUAACAAACAUGUCAGAGGAGCUUGCCAUCCUGGAGAGCUGUCUGAAGGAGGCAGAGUCAGUGAGUGAUGGACAGGAGGGAGUGAGCGUGUCCGAGGCAGUGCAGUCCAGUACAGAGACGGCCAUCCACUCACUUAUUGAGAGUCUACGAUCACGAGACUUCAGCUCUGCCCUCGCACAGGUCAAAGCGUUCAGGUGCUUGUGGCCUAAUGACAUUUUUGGCAGUGAGAAGGAUGAUGCUGUGCAGACUUUGCUGCAUAUCUACUUCCGGCACCAGACUCUGGGCCAGACAGGCUGCCUAGCUGUGGUGGGGCCAAGCAGGGAUCUGUCUCAGGCCAGCGCCCGCCUCAUGGAGCUCAACCUGCAGAUCCGUGAGGCCUUGCGCCGUGCCCAGAUGCCCCAGAGCCUCGUCCACAACCAAACACCCACUCCCCAGACCCAGAUCAACACCCACAGCACGGUCCUCAGCACGGGACUGUGAUGGGUAUGGGCAGGGGCCGGAAGUUCUCUACGGUUCCAGUAAGGGCAGCAGUGAGGUGUCUGAUCAGGGGUGGGGAAGUAUGAGGGUGGGGGGUAAGGGCAUUUCUGGAGACUUCACUUUAAAGGGCUAAAGGAUGUGUGUGAGGAUCAUACUGACUAUGAAAAAUCUAUGAAUAUACAUUCUCUCCUCUUCCCUCAGCCAUUUUUGCUCCUAUCAUCAUUCUCUGAAACAAUGCAACAUCGCCGAAUUUUGGCUGUAAAAGUGACGGACUGAGGACCUGGUUGGUCAAAGACAGUUUGUAGGAGGAACACUGGGCAAUGAUGAUGCUGAACUGGAAAAUUUUGGCGGAAUGACCUAGACCUCUGGGGUGUCUAUUGGGAAAAAUGGCCAAUGGUUGAUAUCUGCUCUACUAGAGCACUGGGAUAGCGAAGGUUGUCUGGUCAGGUGGCAUGUAGCUACAUAAACAGCUUAUCCAUGGAAUGUGUGAGAAUCUGCAAGUCACGAUGGAGGCUUCGGUCACAUUUUGCUCAAACUCAAAACAAUAAGUACAUAUUUAAGAAAAUGACAACAAAAAAACACAUGUUUCAAAAGCAUGCUUGAAAACGGAAAAGCACUGCAAGAAAUAUUUUUUGAGAAAUGUAUUUUUAUUAGAGCUAACAAUCCUAGGUUGUAAAUGUUAGGAUAUUUAAUGUAUUAUUGAAAAGAGGGCUUGGCCCUCAGACUCUGUAUAAAGAGAGGUUUAUCUGGUUAACUUUAUUGACCUGCGUUGGGGAGAAACUUUAGCUUUCACCGGGUUGCUCUAACAAAACUCCUACUCUAUAACCAAAUAAGUAGCUGCCUGUAGACAACCAUAGAUUCAUGUGUUGGUGUGUGACGAGACAAGGGGAGCGUGUGUCCGUGUGCGUGUGAGCGAGUGUGUGUUUUUACAUAUGCCGAUAUUUGCACACACAUUCUCUCUCUCUCUCACACAUGCACAUUAGCACAUUAAAAACGCACACACAAAGUGCAAAAAACUGGCUGCAACUCAUUAUGGAAAUAUCAAUAACUUAUUGUACUCUGUAUAUAUUUUAGAAAAAAUGUAUAGUGUAAAAGCAGUAUUUUUCCCUUGUACAUUUGUGUAAUGCACUGUUCAACCAGAAUAGAGAGUAUGAAGCUAAUGCAAAAAGGCCAAAAAAAAUUUCCAGCUGUAACAGUCACUAACAACCCUGUCCACCCUAGUUAUCCAAGUCUCUGAUCUUCAGCGUUUCCCUUUUGACAAGCAAGCCUGGCUGGGAGCAGAGAAUAGGAGUCAUCUGUUCUCGUCACUCUGAUGCUCUCUCUUGCCUUUGCCCAGCUCUGCUUGACCAUAUGCAUUCCUUAAGCUCCACUGUGAUCUUCAUGCUGGCUCGCAGUACUCUGCAGUACUCUGAAGGUCCCUGCGAGAGGCAGGGCCAGUGUUCGUCCAUAUUGGCUCUGCAGUUGUCCUCGGACUCAGGGCAGCACUGAUAGAGCGGCGUCUAUGCUGCGCUUCUCAAAGCCACUGUGCUUCGCUUUGCUCGACUGCAAGACAAACAGCACCGGGCCAGCGUUUACCCACAGAGUUGGAGGGAUGUCACAAUGUUGUGGCACAUUAAAAAAAAAAAACAAAAAAAAAUGAUCACUGUAUCCAUUCCUCACAGAACUCUUCUGUUGCUUGUCUGGUACAUUUUGAAUGCUGUUCUUAAUUAUUUAAUGGAAAUAUGGAUAUAUUAUUUACCUGGAGAAAAUCUAGUUUUUAUUUAGAGGUGCAUUAUCCUGUGUGUUUGUGUUUUUUGUUGUUUUUUUUUCCUCCCUCACUUUUCUCGUCUUUUUUUUUCCUUCCUUGUCAUCCCACUCACAUGCCUUUCCCCCUGUCCUGAUGAAAUAAAACCUAAUCAGAAGCAACA